UGCCAAACGCGACUCAGUCACCAAGCAGCAAUCUGUGGGAGAAGGUUCUCUGGCGUUACAGCUCCUCUUUUUUACUUGGUGAUAAUCAAGGUGAACAUUUGCUACUGAGAUUAUGGCAUACUACCACAGGGGCGGGCGCUUUGCCGUCCGGUCUAAUAGGGGUGGAAUGCGUGGCCGCGGCAGAGGAGGACAGUCAAAUGGAUACUUCUCAAGCUCAUCUGAUAACAUAGAUUCUGAUAACAGAUUUAAAGUCCAUCGACCUCAGAUUUACCGAGGGGCAGCCCCUCUGGUGGGACAGGGACAGAUAUUGGGUGGAUAUUCUGUGGAUGAAGACAGGAAUUUUGGCCAUGAUCGCACAAUGCUAAAGUUUCUUGACAGAAAGUACUUACCAGAAGAUGGAGAGGAUAUGAAGGUGAACAUGGAUCUUAACCGUGCUGCUGAAAAAGCUUGUCUUUAUAGUGGUAGCAGCGAACAGAAUUUCCAUAACUUUCUGCAGUGGAUACUUAAUAACAAGAAACUAUUGAUGCCUGAUCCUAACACUCCAAGAUUGGAUGUUGAUUUUAUUGGUGUAAGGAACAACUUAUCAAUCAUUAUGAAAACCCCAUACAACUAUAAAGAAGCUUGGACUUUAUAUGCUACAGAAUUUAAUGGGACGGUGUACAUGAUGAGGCAGCAGAAGCUCGAAGCUGACUCUUUUGCACAACAAAAAGGAGGCUUAUUGGAAAAUUUUCAAGUUUGGGGACACAAGUUUGAGCAGUACAUGUCAGGAGGAGAUCCAGAUGAUGGGGUACAAGCUAAUGAAGAAUAUCGGGUUGCGAUGAAGCUCAUGGUGGACCAGACUUCGCUGCUCUUUGCUCCAGAAGUUGACUGUGCAGACCCAUAUCUAUAUGAAGAAGAUUUCAAAGAUCUAAGUAGUUUUGUGUUAGUGAAGUGUUGCAGAGAACUAAAGGAACCUCACAAACUUAAAAAUCAUAAAAGGUUCAAACUACUUCAGUGGUGGAUAGAAAACAAGUUGUCUGGCAUCCCUCGGAUUGUUGUCGGCUACAGAAAUGACGAUGGUGUUGUGCACACAUUACAGCAUUUGAAGACUGAUGAUCUCCCAGAGAUUAGUGAAGGUGAGUGGGAGCCUGAUGUGUGUGUCAACUUCUUAGUCAAGUUUUUGGCUUUUGUUAAAAGCAAGGUGGCAGAGGAACCCCAAGUUAUAUACAGAUUUGAUCGUAAAGAAUUUGGCAACAUAUAUUGCACAAAGCUGAAUGAUUCUUCAAUGGUCCGCUUCCUACCAAGUUGGUACACUGAGGAAAUAUUCUCUAAAGACAAUGACAGUGACAAUGAUAGCGAAACAGAAUACUAAUUGAAGUCUACAAAUAUUAUGUUUCUUUGUGAUGCUGCUGUUAAUGCCCAUUUAAUACCCAAAGAAUCAAAUAACCAAGCAGUAAUUUAUUAAUUUGACAAUUACUGUUUUCUAAAAUUAAAUGGUCGCACUUAAAUUUAAGCAAAAUGUCUUGCGUAUUUAUCAUUAAAUGUUUUCAGUUAAGCCAUGUGAUGUGUAUGUAUGUAUGUAUGUACACACACACACACACACACACACACACACACACACACACACACACACACACACACACACACACACACACACACACACACACACACACACACACACA